AUGGCAUCUGAAACCACUGGUUCCUGCCUUUGUGGCGCCUGUGCUUACUCUUACGCCGGAGAGCCAGCCGUGAAGGCUCUCUGUUACUGCGGUCCUUGCCGCCGAGUUUCUGGAGGCACCAACACCGUCAACUUUGUCAUCCCCGAAGAAAAGUUCACCGUGAAAAAGGGCCAGACCAAGUCCUACUCGGCCCAGCACGAGUAUGGGAUGACGCUCACCAUCUUCUUCUGUCCCGAUUGCGGAAGUACUUUGUGGAAGGAGGCGACUGCGGAGCAGUUCAGGGGGGUGAAGCUGAUUCAAGGAGGAAGUUUGGACGAUGCCAAGAAAUUGAACGUCACGAUUGAUGCCGAGUUUUAUGCCCCGGAGAGAGCAUCAUAUCUAGCUCCUAUUGAGAAUGCGGCUCAGAGCAAGGACUUUUAG